UGGAUUGUGUUAUCUCCACCUUACCGAAACUCAAGGCCAGCGGCAGGAAGUCAUUAACGCACAGGCACAGCACCCCGCCAAUAUCUACAUCUGCCAGGCAAAUGGCUGGUGAUCUGGCCCACGAUCUCUUGUGUGUGCCUCUUAUUUCUCCUCGUGAUUCAAAUGCCUGAGACGAACUCGAAGCCAGUACCCAGGAAAAGCGCUUUUUCCUGCGAAGCAUGUCGGAAACGCAAGGUUUGAUCCCUCGAUCCUUUCUAAAUCCUAGCAUUGGCCUAUCUUUUUUUUCUUUUCUCAACUUUUUCUGUUUCGUUUUCCCUUUUUUAUUAAAAAAAAAUAAACAAUAAAAAAAUAAAGAAAAGAAAUUAAAAGAAAGGACCUGUUCGAGCUGACACCAUGCUUCAUGGGAUUUAGGUGAAAUGCAACGGCGCCAGCCCAUCAUGCUCCCGAUGUGCUGCUCGCGGGGAGACCUGCGUCUAUAGCCUAACACCUACACUAUCGUACACAAAAUCCCUCGAAGCUCGGAUUGCUGAAUUAGAGGCGGAGCUGGACCUUGUACGAAGCGAAAACAAAGACCAAAAGAGUUCCGACCAGAAGCCCAAGGUCGAGGAGGUCGAGACGAAAGUGCCUCUAGAAAGGUUCGCCAGGCAUUCAAAUGGGUCACAAGAUGGGGGAGACACACUGGACUUGGCCCGGGAUAUCGAAGGGCUGAAAAUGGAGGACGAUGGGCGCAUCUCUUUCCACGGACCCACCAGCUUAUUUCAGUUGCCCAGCGGGAUUCCUCAGGAAGAUCUAAAUCCCGUUAAAUCAACGCAGGAGCUAGACGGCCGGAAAGAGAGGCUCAUAAACAACGCGUGGAGAGAGCGAGCGUUUGAACAGCUUGCAACUAUCCCUGAACCUUUUCAUUACCUUCUCGAUUCUCAUUGGUGCUGGAUACACCCUCUUUUUAAUUUUGUAUACCGACCAGCAUUUACACGCGAUAUGAAAAUGAACGGUCCAUACUAUUCCGACGUACUUUUGAAUGCCAUACUAUCUCAUUCUCUCCGAUGGUGCAAAAGUGAACCGAAAAUCAGUCGACUCCUGGAUCCAUAUGACGGCGGUACUCAAUUCUUCAAUAGAGCAGUAGAUGGAUUAUACGAGAGCCUUAAGCAAGGGAACGGACAAAUACCGAUCGUGCAGUCCUUACUUUUACUGAGUGCACAGGAAUGUGGCCGUGGAAACAGGACUCAAGCGUGGCUCUAUAGCGGGAUGGCGUUCCGUUUAGUGGAAGACCUGGGUAUCACAAUUGAUAGCCGGAAAUAUUCAGGCUCCGUGCAAUUCUCGGAUGAAGAUGUCGAGAUCCGGAAUCGGCUUUUUUGGAGCUGUUAUUUCUGGGAUAAACUGGUUUCGUUGUAUUUUGGCCGAUCUCCUAUUAUUCAAGAUACGCCAGUCAGCCCGCCCCAGAUUCUUCUGGACGACACUGCCGAAAUAGAAAUAUGGACACCGCACGGGGUCGUAUUUCCAGAGGGUACACAUUACCCGCCAACACAGGCUCAUUCGACAUCCUGCUUUAUGAGAAUGUGCUCGCUUUCCGAAAUUUUGAACCAGAUUAUAAUACACAUAUACGACCCAGUCCGGCAAAGCACAGAAACCCAGAUCCUCAACUGUGUGCAUGAACAAGGCGAGAAUCUCGAAAAAUGGUGGACCGAGUUACCUAGUUUCCUGAAGCUCAUCGUUAACGAUCUACCCGCAUACUGUCCCCCGAGCCAUAUUGUCACAUUAAAUUGCAUAUAUCACAUCACCAACAUCCUCCUCCAUCGACCCAUGCUCUGUUCGAAGCCUUUCAGAAGCUUGGAAAAUGCUGCAGACAAUGCAAAGCACCUGGUCCAAUGUCUCUCUUCCGCGACUUCCAUUAUCUCUCUCUACGACCUUUACAGACGAACUUUCGGAGAUUCUCAUGUCGUUCUCUCCCUCGCAUACAGCCUGUACACAGCAUCCUCGAUAUUCUUGCUCGAGAUACAGGCGCUGAAGUAUGCCUCUGCUUCGACACUAGAGAAGCUUAGAUACUGUAUUGUCGCACUGGAACGUGUUAGAUCCGCAAACCCAGUUAUAAAUACUGCGCUUGGCCUGGUUGAAAAAGAGUUACAAAAACUACACAUUAACAUUCUUGCGCCGAUACAUCCCGAUCCCCAGCCCACGUCAUCUCGUCUACCUCCCCAGUCAUCCCAGGAUACUUCCCGUUCAGACCAUCAACAACCACAGCAUCAGCAGCCCACCCUUCAGUCUCCAUCUAACUAUACACUUCCUCCCCACGGCGCAUUCAGCAUCACGCCACCACCUUUCACAGAACAAAACUCGGACACCUCUUUUACAAUGGAUCCUUCUCUAUUAAACCCGUCGGAAUUAUCUCAAGAGCAUAUGUACGAUAUAGCGCCAGAACUUUUCGAAGCUUUCUCGUACGUGGAACCUAUGCCAACGAAUGUUGGCCAAGGUGGAUUCGAUACCGGGUGGCCGUCUUCCGGAAGCUAAUCCGAACAAAGGGGCAAUGAAAUCAAGGCUGUAUAUAUCACACAUGUACCUUAUGAGUUAUGAUGAGCCCUUAUUUGAAUUUAUACAUCUCUGUCUUCGCAAUUUGCGAAUACAUCACUAUCUUGGAACUAAACAAGUGUUACAGAAUAAGACAUAUAGUUUAUCAGCUUCCA